AUGAUACAUUAAGUAUGGAUGCUACAGUGGUCAUUGGAUGACAGUGCAAUAAGCACUUUGGAUUCUCCAGUUGAUCUUGAAGGCUUUUAUUUGAUGAGGGGUUCUUCUCUUAAGUUGAAGAUUGUGAAGCUGCUCCAAGGCGAUGUUGAAACAACAAAAUGGGUGAGGUUGCAGGUGAAUGGCUCAGAGGUCGGUUCCAAUGCAAAGCUACCAGCGAAUAGUAUGGAAGGUGCCGACACAUUGGAUGAUGACACAUUUUCGCAGAAUUCUAAUAUACAAUCCCACCUCAACCUUGCAUUGCUAGGGGUGGAAGAGGAUUCUGUGUUGGUCAGCAGCAUCGAGCAACAUAUCUCACUGGAGGACUAUUUGCGAGGCAGGUGGAGCCGGUCUUCAAGCCUCGACUGACUGAUUGAAUGCAUGGAAAAAUAAUCUCAAGUUUUAGAUCGAUAGUCCGUGAUUUUUGUGUACAUUUCAUUUGUUUGUUUCCUUUUACCUAUAGCUAAAUUCCAGCUUCAUUUUGGUUAAUGCUGGGUGUUGGAUGAGAGGUUGUUAGUGGUGUGCCCUCCUCCUUCCCUUCCCUUUCAUGUGUUGUAUGAUUAUUGUGAAAUAUAUGUUCUGUUCAGUUGUCAUCAUAAUUGAAUUGAAACCAAGAACUGAAGUGUAUUAUACAAAUUUGAAAUAAUAGAAUAACAAUCUUGAAAUGUUC